ACAGGAGCGAGACAUAGCAAAGACAAGCCAAGGACAGGAGGAGGAGGAGGACAGGCCCUCAGCCGGAGCGUCAAUCAAAACGAGGAAGCGGGGAUGAGUAGUUUCAAUAUUCAGCUCAAUAACAUGCAACUGUUUCACGGUUGUUUCCAGCGUUUACAGGACAUGGGGACAACAUGGACGCCGGUAGAAUUUAACAACCUUGGUCCAGGGGUUAUAGGACGUUCUGCCUCUGGCUGUGAUUUGGUGCAAUCGGAUCGAGCUCUCUAACACUGGCUGCACUGUAACCCCGUGGUCUAGCACCAAGGACACCUCAGUGGGGACACUGGGGAAAGGUCCUCACCCACAAACCGGUUUGACGGCGUGAACAGAGGAGAACCACGGUUGGCAGGAAACCUCCUGAGAGAAGAACGAAACCAACAGAUGGUGAAGUGUGUUGUUCUCUGACUCUUUCCUCAGAUAAACACAACUGAUAACCGAGCGUACAUGUUACCACAGAGGAAUGCAAACACUCACACAGCCUGCCAGCUCACUGCUGGGUGUGUGUGUGUGUUUCCUCUGAAUUCUUUUGAUGAAAAUUAAACUAGGUCAGAGUCCAGAGGGAGAAGCUGAUAACACUGUGAGUGUAUCCCCAAACCAGCCGCUCCUGUCGGUUUCACCUUCAAAACACCACGGAGAAACAUCACCACCCGUCCAACCACAAGACACUGUCCUGUAACUGGAGACAGAGAGAAAGACAUUUGAUCAGUGUCCACAGUUAGAGCUCAUGAAUGCACUGAUGUGUAACUGUACACAGAAACAUCACACACAGUGUGUGUGACUGUGUGUGUUUAUGAGGAAAUGGCUCCAUCUAGUGUCCAUGAACUGACAGUGCAGCCCCACUGAUUCUGCCUCUGUAUCAGCUUUUUGACUGGGAACGCAAAAUACAUAAACUUGUAAACCAGCACGGUCCUUUAAAAUCGUCCGAGUAUUGCUGUUCUCUGCAGACCAUGCCAAACUUCCCUCUUCACUUCCUGUUGAUGGUGGUGUCGCUCCCCAUCAUCAUGGCAAUGCCUGAGCCCCUCUCCCCAGACGGCUGGGAGCCACCCCUCCACCCUCCUCCUACACCCGCCUACCCGCCCGUGGACAGCCCUGGACGCAGCUUUUACCCCGUCGGAGACAACGAGACUGAGCUGCCAGCCGGUACCCUGGAGGCUUACUGCCAGAUGCUUCUGCAGAUCCCUCUCCCCCCAGACCAGAUCCCUUGGUUCUGUCUGUGCACACACUGCCAGAGCACCCAGGGACCCAAAGGAGACCAAGGAGAUCGGGGUCUGCCAGGAAGUCCAGGUAGUCCUGGAAGAAGGGGACUGACAGGGUUCAGAGGCCCUCCAGGUUUUGUGGGCAGACCAGGGGUCAAAGGACAGAAAGGAGACGAGGGUGAGAAGGGACAACGAGGACCCCCGGGACUGAUGGGAUCCAAAGGAGAACAAGGUUUCAAAGGUGAUAAAGGUGAUCGGGGCCUGGAAGGUCGCCCAGGAGAUCAGGGUCCUAAAGGAGAUGAUGGGGUCUGUCCAGAUUCCUGUGAAUCCGGCCAUGGCGCCCCAGGAGCCCCAGGUCUACCUGGCCCUGCAGGACCCAGAGGUCUGCCUGGUACCCCAGGGCUGCCAGGGUCCAAAGGCGAUAAGGGUGAUGUGGGUGAUGUGGGUCAUCCUGGUGUCCCUGGAUCUGUAGGAGACAAGGGAGAACCAGGGCCCCAGGGGGAGUGUAACUGUACAGAUGGAGAAGAUGGGAGUCCAGGGCAGAAGGGGGAAAAGGGAGACAAGGGGAACCAGGGACAGACAGGGCCUGCAGGACAGAGGGGGCUACAGGGGGAUAAGGGGGACAUGGGGCCCAUUGGGAUGAUGGGUCCUCCUGGUCCCUGCAUGCCUAGUAUCCAGUCAGCCUUCGCUGCAGGCCUGACAUCCAGUUACCCCCCACCCAACACCCCUGUGGUCUUCUCCUUCAUUCUCUACAAUGUUCAGGGGAGUUACGACCCCACCACUGGUCUCUACACCGCCCCCAUCAACGGAACCUACGUCUUCAGCUACCACCUCACCGUCCAUGAACGGGUCCUCAAAGUCGGCCUCUUUCAUAAUUUCAUGCCGGUUGUUAAAACCACAGAUCCCAAAGUGUUAGGGACCACCUCGCACUCAGUGAUCCUGCACCUGACCCGGGGGGACAGGGUGUGGCUACAGGUGAAAGAUUUGGUCACUAACGGCAUGUAUGCCGGUGAUGAGGCCAGCAGUACCUUCUCUGGCUUCUUGCUCCACCCAGAUACAUGUGAUGUGGCCUUAGUCAGAGCCCCCAUGCCUCCCCUGAUUCUACCUGUCGGCGGCUACAGCUGGGGAGACAUACCUGAGCCUAUCACUGCCAAACCCCCUGCUUCACCUGCUGACGGAGGAUCCAACUAAUGAUCAAUAAAUGAGCUUUGGGCAUUUGUAGAAGGUGCAAAAUAUGUUAGACUGCUAUAACGUGUCCUUCUUAAAAACAUCUAUCAAACAACAGAUGCACAACCUGAGUAGACCAACCCAGACCACCAGAAGAUGAGUGAAUGAACUAAAACCAAACAAACCCCACAGCAGAUUAUAAAAAAAAAAAACAACCAACAGACUUCAGAUCCCUGAAUAGAAAACUAAGCCAAAGCGAGAAAAGCUCCUUUUCCUAAAAGAUGAAUCACCCACCCACUAACCCAAACCCACUAACCCGAACCUGAACCCACUAACCCGAACCCAAAUCCCGUAAGCAGGGCCGACGUUCCACAUAUCAGAACUUAGCAUUUGGCGAUGACCUUGAACAGAACCUGAUUCAUGGAGGGAUGAGAGAGAGAGACACAGAGAGAGAGGAGAGGGGGCAAGAGGGGAGGAAAGAGAACUUUGCAGGUUUCAUGAAGAGCAGGGUUAAAAGUAAUGAGAGGACAAUAACGUGCUUAGUAACAGGACUAAUAUCAAUACAAACAACAACAAUAACAGAACUAAUGAUGGUCAGACUGAUAGUAGGAAUAAUAAUAAUAAUGAAUGAGAUUAAUGGGGGCAGCAGAUACAGACUCUGCAGGUCUGAGGGCAGAACAGGAGCCUGAUAACUGAAGGAUCUGCCACCAACUGAACCUUUGGAGACCCGAGGAACCGCGGUAGAACUGCAUUCUGGGAGCGCAGAGUUCUCGUGGGGCACUAAGGUUCUACAAGCUCCUCGAGAUAUGAUGGUCUCUGACCACUGAGGGCUUUGUAGGUGAGGAGUGCAACCAAAGCCCGUUAACUCUGCAGAGCCCUGUCUGUUUCAGGAAGACUAGUUUAUCGUUGAACAACAUCUGCUCUCCGUGUGCAGAGACGCAGACGCUGCCAUUUUGUCAUGGACGUGUAGAACUAAAGCCACCAUGUCUGACUGUGAUAACCUGACACGCCUUCCGUGAAGCCGCAGACUGCGACGCCUCAGAGUUCAGGAGGCACGCAGCAGGUGUAAACGUGAUUAUCAAUCUGGCUCACAAAUCAUUUUCACUGAGGCCUGUUUCCUCCGACAUUCAGACAUGGUGGAUUCUGAUUGGUUCAGGAUGUGCCAAUAUGAUGUGACAGUUGUUUAAGACAUUUUAAAUCAUGUGAACCCCUUUUUUU